AUGGCUGGGCCCGUCUCCGUACCCAACCCCGUCCAGACGCUUCAGGAGGAAGCCGUCUGUGCCAUUUGCUUGGACUACUUCACGGACCCCGUGUCCAUCGGUUGUGGGCACAACUUCUGCCGGGCUUGUGUGACCCAGCUGUGGGGCAAGGAGGAGGAUGAGGAGGAGGCCCUGGAGGAAGAGGAAGGUGGGGAGGAGGAGGAAGAGGAGGGGGCGGCUGAGGCCGAGGCCACCGGCGACGAAGACCCCAGUGACUGGGAUACCCCCAUGAGGGAAGAGGAGUAUGAGGGGGACAUGGAAGAUGAAGAGGAGGAUGAGGCGGAUGAUGAGGACUUCUGGAACGCUAGCUUCAAUGGAGAUACGUGGGACGACGUGGACUACCUGUGGGACGACGAUGCCGAGGAGAACUUUGACUACUUUUUGGAGGAGGAAGAGGAAGAGGAAGAGGCCCUGGAGGAGGAGGAGGAAGAGCCCGAGGGCAGGCCUCCCUCUCCUGCCACCUUCCAGCCCCGCCGUCCCUUCACCUGCCCCCAGUGCCGGAAGACCUUCCCCCGCCGCAGCUUCCGGCCCAACCUGCAGCUGGCCAACAUGGUGCAGAUCAUCAAGCAGAUGCACCCCAACCCCCGGCAGGGGAGCCGGCCCGGGAGCGGCCCGGAUCAGGGCUUCUGCCCCAAGCACCAGGAAGCCCUGAAGCUCUUCUGCGAGGUGGACAAGGAGGCCAUAUGCGUGGUCUGCCGCGAGUCCCGCAGCCACAAGCAGCACAGUGUGGUGCCCCUGGAGGAGGUGGUGCAGGAACUCAAGGUCAAGCUCCAGGGCCAACUGGAGCCCUUGAAGAAGCAGCUGGAUGCUGUACAGAAACUGAAGGCCAAGGAGGAGAAGAAGAUCACAGAGCUCAAGAGCCAAAUGAAGUUGGAGCUGCAGGCAGUGGCGUCCAAGUUCAGCCGGCUGGCGCGGUUCCUGGCGGAGGAGCAGGCGGGACUGGAGCAGUGGCUGUGUGGUCGACACGAGGCCCAGCUGGACCGGGCCGGUGCCGCCAUGAAGCGGCUCGGGGAGCGGGCCUCCCAACUGAACUGUCUGAUUGCCGAAGUCCAGGAGUGCAGCCAGCAGGGUACCCUGAGGCUGCUCAAGGAUAUCAAGGAGACCUUCGACAGGUGUGAGGAGGUCCAGCUCCAGCCCCUGGAUAUCUCGUCCUCGAUCUUGUGCCACCCCCACAACCAGGACUUCAUGAUGGAUGUCAUUGUGAGGAAGAUGAGCCGGACCUUCUGUCAGGCUGGCCGAGUGGACCUGUGCCUGGACCCGGACACGGCCCACCCGGCCCUGAGCCUGUCCCCGGACUGUCGCUUGGUGCGCCUGGGCGAGCGCUGCCCGGCCCUGGCCGGCCGCCGCAAGCGCCACCCGGCCGACCUGUCGGUGCUGGGCGCGCACGGCUUCCGCUCGGGCCGCCACUACUGGGAGGUGGAAGUGAGCGGGCGGCGCGGCUGGGCCGUGGGCGUGGCCCAGGAGGGGGCGGGGCCCGGGCAGGGGGGCGGGGCCCCGAGGGACGCCGGCGCCUGCGCGGUGCCCGCCGCUGCCGGCGCCUGCGCACUGCCUGCCGCCGCCGCCGCCGCCGCCCGCCCGCGGCACCGCCACCACCAUCACCGGCGCCGGCCCCCGGCCCCCACCGCCGUCGCCCUCCAUCCCGAUAUCUGGAUCCUGAGCAGCAACGGCAAGCGCUACCAGGCGCUCAGCUCCAGGGAGCAGGUCCUGCUCAGCCCCGGCGAGAAAUUGCGCCGCCUCGGGCUCUACCUCGACUACGAAGCGGGCUACUUGAUCUUCUACAACGCCGACACCCUGGCCCACGUGUACACCUUCUGCAAUGACUUCCUCGGGGAUCGGGUCUUCCCCUACUUCCGGGUCCUCUCCAAGGGGGCCCGCAUCAAGCUCUGUUCCUGAGUGGCUGGCGACGCC